ACGUGCCAGUUGUUAUUAAAAAUUGGCCUUCAGUGGAUGACAGUAAAAAAAUUGAACUUUGGAAUUUUAUACAGCAAAGAUUCAAUGUCAAUGACUGCCAUCAAAAAAUGGCAUUUCAAUGUAUGGGAACAUAUUGGAGGACAUUCAAAUCGAGAUUGAGAAGAGAUAUCAAACGUCAAGUACCAUCUGCCAUGAAUAGAAAACGCGCUAUUGCCCUUCUUAGACCGAAGAAUAUAACCUCAGAAGAAGCAUGGGAGAAGUUUGUAGAAGAUACUCUUUCCACUGAUUUUCAAGAAAAAAGUUCUAAGUUCAGCAAAAUGAGAAGUAGUCAGAAGCUUCUCCACACUAUGGGUCGGAAGGGUUAUUCACGUAUGGCUCACGAUUUGAAAAGAAAGAAUCCAAAUAUAACAGGAUUGAGAACGACAGUAUGGACUCAUGGACAUCUUCGAAAGGAUGGGAAUCCAAUAAAUGAGGCGGUUGCUGAAACUUUGGAACUAGAGAAAGAGAGAGACGCGAUGGGGGCUUCUGAGAUGAAGAUUCAAGUGAAGAUGAUGCUUGAUAAAACAAUAGAGCCACUUGAAGUAUCAGCACCAACUCAAAUAAGUUGGUAA